CGGGGCUCCUUAAGGCGGCGACGGCAGUGGCGGCGGCCUCCCCGGCCAUGGCGCUGAGGGAGCUGAAAGUUUGCCUGCUGGGGGACACUGGUGUGGGCAAAUCAAGUAUCGUAUGGCGAUUUGUAGAAGACAGCUUCGACCCCAACAUCAACCCAACAAUAGGAGCAUCCUUUAUGACCAAGACUGUGCAGUACCAAAAUGAGCUGCAUAAAUUCCUAAUCUGGGAUACAGCUGGACAGGAGCGAUUCCGUGCUUUAGCACCAAUGUACUAUCGAGGGUCAGCAGCAGCUAUCAUAGUUUAUGACAUCACAAAAGAGGAAACUUUCGCAACUUUGAAGAACUGGGUGAAAGAGCUUCGACAACAUGGACCACCAAACAUUGUUGUAGCCAUUGCAGGAAAUAAAUGUGACCUUAAUGAUGUAAGGGAAGUCAUGGAAAAAGAUGCUAAAGACUAUGCAGAUUCCAUCCAUGCAAUAUUUGUAGAGACCAGUGCAAAAAAUGCAAUAAACAUAAAUGAACUCUUUAUAGAAAUUAGUCGUAGAAUUCCAUCAACUGAUACCAACCCCCAAUCUAGCAGUAAAGGUUUCAAACUUAGAAGACAGCCAUCAGUGACAAAACGCAGCUGUUGUUGACUUAUCCUUUAAGAAAUCAGACUUGUUUAUACAGUAGGUGGUCUUGGAAGUUGAUAGUUCAUGUUGGGUACAUACUGCUGGUCUUAAAUUCUUAUCUGCCUGAUGUUCGUGGACCAGUUCAUCUGACAUGUAUAGGCUUGCAGAAGAGACUACAAUCAUGAUAAUGUCAGCCUGUUUACUUACAACACAUAAUAUCUCAUGUAUUAAAAGGGAAUCCAUCGUCAUAUGUAUGGCCUUGCUUGAAAUGAAUUUCAGUAUGUGGAUGGUAGGACUGAAAUACUUAAUAGUUUAUAAUCAAGACUUUGUAAUGCUUUCUAAAAAGGGAAAUGAGCACUUUUUGAGGGUCUUUGGGAAUGGGAGCAGCAGUGAAGCUUAAAAUUUAGUCAUAAGGCAAUUCUGCUUUCCUUUGCCAUUGUUUUAAAUGUAAUUAUAGCUAAUCCAAAGUAUGAGACAGUUGCUAUUAGACCACUACAGAAUAAGUUACUAAAAAAGGGUAAUGAAGAAACAGUCCCUCCAGUCCCCAAAUCCCAAUUUGCACUUUUUAUUUAAUGAUAUUGUAGGAUAUUAAAAAAAUAAGCAAACAACAGAUUUUAAACCACAGACAAUCUUACCUUUUCAUGCUGACUUAAUCACUUAAACAUUAAUAUGUUGUUUAUAGGCAACUUUGUUUAAAAUAAAGCAAACUUAGGUGAAACUCUAAACCAUAACUGACUGACUGAUAACGGAUGCUGUCAAGAGUUCUGUUAAGACUUAAGGAUUAUAGGGAAAGCUUUUAAUUGCUUAGCACGUGUAAAAUGUUAAUACUAUAUUUAUGAGACCACUGCCUAAAGUAUUAUAAAUUAUGUAAAAGCAGUCAAGAAAUCAGUUUCCUUUCCUCCUUCCAUUCUUCACUCAUGGAUAGAGUCCUGGGAAUCUCCAGCUAGUCUAUCCUUGCCUGUGAGGUCUUGUACCCCAGUCAGUGACCUCUUCCAAAGGAAAGCUGCCUGUCCCUCUCUUCUGACCACAGCUGAAUUUCUCCUUGAUAAGGCCAGUUGAGAUUGCCGUUGGUGCAGCAGAAGACCUGCCCAUCGGGCAACUUGUACCUGCAGUGCACCCAGACCCUGCUGGCUUGUAAGCAAAAAAUGUAAACAGGGAACCAAAUCAAGUCAUGCAUGGUAGCGUAGAUCGUUACCUCUUGGCUCCUGGGCCUUGCCCAACCCUUAUUUUUGUUUUAAGAAUAUCAGCUUUUAGCUUAUGUUGUGGUGUUUUAGUACAUUUUAUAUUAAGCUAUGAAUUGACAAUACCCUAUUAUGCUAUUUUCAUUAUUUAUUUUUAGACUCCUGCCAGCUGUGGUAGGAAACAUCUCUCUCUUGAGAGAGAACAUUUUAAUAAACUCAAAUAUGUAAAAUACUUUUUUUAGAUUUUAAUAUUAAUCUUAAAGCCAUUUUUAUGAUAUUUGUUCUUAAUUUUUGAUUUGGCAUUCUACCAUCCCAGUUAUUUGGGCUGAAGAAAAUUUAGAAAGAAUAUAUAGGUAAUGAAACGGCUUAUUUCAGACUAAGUUGUUAUUUCAGAGCCCUGUUUCAAAGCUAUUCUUAAAUAAAACAGUUGAAUUCUAACAGUGAUAUAAAGCAUAUUCUGAAUGCAAUUAAUAGGCUUUAAUGAAUUGUGGGGACUUUUAGGUGCACAUCUGUUUGCAAUUGUAUAGAUAUGCUGUUUGCUUUUGCAAAUAAGGUUUUUGUGCAUGCAGAUCGUGUUGCAUGCAUAUAAAUCGUAGCUGGUUUGAAGCCCCUGCAGAAAAAAAUGGCCCAAAUGGAACAUUACAAUAAAGACAAAACUAUGUUCUUAUGUGCAGCAUUCACAUCUAAUACAUAAUAUGGCUGAAAUCUUUGUAACAUUAGAACCAAAUAUGCAACUAUAGACUUUAGUUACAAUGUUAUAUCAUAUCUUUUACAAAACUUUAAAAAAUGUUACUACUAUGCUGGGUAACCUUGUUCUUUGGGCCUGAUUAUUUUUUAAGCAGUUAAACUAAUGUGUGUAAUUAUAUACCUAAUAAUUAUAAUAAUAACUACUUGAAGUAUUUGCACAGCAGCAGUCACAAAACUGCCUAAUUUGUUUGAAAAUCUUGCCCUAACAUCCUUCAGUUAAGAAACUGUAGAUGUGGUUAUCCACUUAAGCUCGUAUACAAACCAUAUUGAUCUCCGAGCGAGUCCAAAUGGUUGUCAAACAUUGUAUUCUUCUGUGACUUGUGCAAUUUUUGUAGUGGAGAUCUGUCUUUCAGAGCAACAGAAAACUGUUCUGGGGAGGUUUCACAUGUUUGUCAGCUUCAGAUCAUCAUUUUGUGAUGUGUCUUUCAUAAUCUUAUGUUGUUUUAACCCCCCCAUCAUAAACCUUAAACUAUCUUCUUUUAGUUGCAAGUAAUCGCUAUUUUUUCAGCUUCUCUAUGAAGAGAGAUUUCGUACAUACUGCAGCAGGGUCUCUCCAGUCUCUUCUUCCUAUAGUUUCUGUGUAUUAUGCUUCUACCAGCAAGCUGUUGGAAUUGGCAGAACUUCAGAAAAUUCCUCUCUUCCAAUUCUACACCAGUGCUGCUGAUAGACAUGGAGGAAAGAAAAAACACACUUUACCAGAAGAAGCGGCGCAUUAGUUCAACCUGGCUCUGUAACAUCUGAAUCAGCAUCUGGUUCAAUCAUCUAUUACAGGGGUUAUCAACCAGGGGUGUACACGUACCCCUGGGGGUACCUUGAAAAGGUUCUGGGGGUACACAGGGACGGGCAGGGACAGAGUGCCACCACCCUGUGCCGCUGCCUCACCAGAGUAGGGCUGGGGCGAGGCAAAAGCAGGGCCGUACAGAUGCCAUGCUGCAGCUGCUCCGCCACUUGCCAUCCCCCUUCCCCCAGGGGUACACUUAUCUAGGUUUUCAACCUUUUUUAAUAAGUGAUUCUCAAACUUUUUUUUUUCGUGGACCACUUGAAAAUUGCUAAAGGUCUUGGCAGACCACUUAAUAAACUUUUUUUUUGUUCUACAUAUCAAAGCACACAACUCGUUUUUUAAUAUCAGUUGUCUUACCUUUCUGAUGCGGCGGAUGUGCCUGUUUUUUGAGCAAAGUUCUGGGAAGUUGGGUGUAAUGUUUGGUAACUUUAGCCAUAAGUCACCUUUCUAUGGACCACCUGAAUGGAGCUCGCGGACCAGUGGUGGUCCACAGACCACAAUUUGAGAACCUCUGUAUUAGAUAAAAGUGCCAGAAAAGCUCCACUGAAGCACCCAAUCUAUACAGACGUUGGCUGAGCUGUGUCAAACUAACACAGUGCAUUUUCUGGAUAUGUGCUGGGCUCGGUACAGGAGCGCACAGAGUUUAAAGUUAAGUACCAUUUCUUGUGGGGAUUUUUUUUUAAUGUCUGUAAGCAGCCCAAGGCAUUAGGUGCUUUACUGUCUUUCAUACAAUUUUAUCCUUUGCCUUGGAUUUUAGCAGGCUUAUAGAUACAGCAUUUGAGGAUAAGAGUGUUAUUGCAAAUCUGGCAAGUUUCCCGAUGCUGAUCAUAUGGGGGGGGGGGAGAAUAUCUGUUAGAAAUCAAGAGCAUUUUUCAGGCAAGCUAGCAAAUCAAGGAGCUUCAAAUACAUUCAUAAUCUAAAUUAUCACUUCAUUGUCCUAUGAAUUAAAAAUGCAGGUAUAAGCUUGUAAGCUUCCUAGUCAAACCAGUUUCCUUAUUACUGUGCCUGUUUAAUACAUGCAUUACUUUAAGAAAAAAUGAGCAUUUGAAUGUAGGUUUGUUUGGGGUUUUUGGUUUGUUUGUUUGGGGGAGGGAGCGGAGGAGAUUGUAGCUUUACCACCUUGGACAGGAAAUAUCUGUCCCUUUUGGGUCAUCUCACUUUGAGUCUCACACCAUUGCACAAGGAAAAUAUGUCAGACCAAGUUAAUCUUUUAUAGAAGUGUUUUAGAUUAAGCUACUCAUUAGGACCAUGCUUGUUUGAAAUGUCAGAACACAGAAUGCUGAAAUGUAAGUUCUUUGAUCCUAAAGAAAGCUUUGUUAUUUCCUUUGCCAUAUCUGGAGGCUGGAAUACAAAUAGAAUUACCAUCUCCUUAGGAACAGAGACAUGUAUGUAGUUCACUGUUUACUUGAUACAGAGCCAAGUGGUUUUCUUGUAAAUUCCAUUAUAUCAGUUUCUCUCAUCAAGCCAUCCUCAUUCAGAUAUGCUGUACUACGUUUGGCUGCUGCUGCUUAUACUUUGCCCUCAACCAGCUUCUCUGCUAAUUUCUUCAAAGGUUGGCCUUUUUACAGAGAACUAAAGGACAGGUCUUUGGAGGUGAUAAGCAUCAACUCUUCCAGCUCACUGUCUAAGAACACUUUUUUUUUUCCCUCUGAAGUUUGGAGUUAAGGAGAUCAGCACUUUUCAAGAAUAGCCUUGUAGGGUUUUCUCUCUCCAGACUUGCUUGUUUUUCAAAAUGUACUAUGUACAAACUAAAGAAAAGUAGCUUGACUUAAGCAGUUGUUGCCUGGAUAUGCACGCUCCCGAAUGCACAAGAUUUUUGCUCCUCAUUACAACAAGCUGAUGUAAGUCCUCAAUAUACGAGUAGAAAUUGCUUCUCUGCUGUAUGUAGCAUUACCACAUGUUAUGUACAUGUUGACUGGGUUCCAUUAAACCUUUAAUGGAAUAACUUAUCAGUUUGCUUCAGCAGAAGGCAGAAACUUGAAGGGGAGGCCAAAUUGAAAAUUUUCUUAGCAAGUUGGAGUUGGAAUUCUCUUGAGAUAUAAAGCAACUGUUGAUGCCAAUAAGUUAAGAUUCCUAAGGUAUUUGCUAGAAUUUAUUAGAAAAACACCUCUUUUUUUUUUUUUCCGGAAAUCAACUGCUUGUCUUGCCUUUCUUCAGCUUUAAAUCAAUGUAGGCCUUCGCUUCUCUUGAAGUUAGUUGAGGCUAAACUGUUUGCAUGAAGUGUUCCAGGAUAAGACAUUUGACAGAAAUCUUAGGCAAAACAAAAAUCUUGAUGUGAAAUUGGAUGUACAUAACACCAAAAAAUGUUACUAUAAGGCUAUUUAAUGUGAAUGUUUUACUUACCUUGAGAGGGACUAGCUGCAGGAAAAGUUAAAAUGUCCCUCUAGAGUUUUGGAAAUCAAAUCCUUUAAAUGGAGCAAGAGAAUGGUCAUUCAUUGUUCACUGUCCAGCUCAUCAGGAAGAAGCCAUCCUUUGUAUAUGCUAAACCCUUCCCUUUAGUUGCAGAAAGUAAUUAUUCAGGUUGAAUAUCUGUAUUCCAUGAAGAUGUUAAGUCUAAACUUCCUUAUUUAACAUUACCAGUAAUGAACAUUGUAUAAAAUAUUUAAGAUUUUGAAGGGGCAAAGAAACCUAAUCGAUGUUGUUUGGAUGGCUUCUCUUCUUGGUGAAACUGUCCAUAGUGCUCCGUUGAGAAACAUGAUGUUCUAUUUUUCAUGUGUUGGAUCAGCAAUCUGCAUGGACUAUCUUAGGAAUUGCUAAUUUACAGGAGUGAGACUGUCUGUACUGCUUGGACUGCUACUCCUUUAGUAAAUCUAUCUUAUAAAUGGCAAAAACUAAACAAGUAUAAAAAAUCAAAGGAAAUAUUAAAAAAUUACAAGAGUAUGGAUUGUUUACUGGUUUAUUGUUACCUACAUCAUUCCUGACUAUCUUAUUUGUUCAAAGAACUUCAGGGUUCCUUUCUAAGCUAUUGGAAGCUUUAAAAAACCAGUUCAUUAGUCAUCCCAAGACCAGAAAUCCAGAAAUGAGAACUAAACAGAUAUAUGUAUACUCUUAGUAUCCUGAAAUUGCCAAGAGUAGGCUUUCUUCGUGCAUUUUUAUGCAGCUGUAGUUACUCGCUGAAAAUGAGAACUAUAGCUGUUUGUAGAUGUUUUAAAAAAAACGUGCUUUACUGGGAGAAGCAGCAUGUUACUUUGACCUGGCUCUGCAGCAUAUGUAUAGAUCGGGUGCUUCUGUGGGGAUUUUUGGCACUUUUAUCUAAUAUCACUAUUGGACAAAAGUACCAAAAAAGUCCCAUUGAAGCACCUGUUCUAUACAGAUUUGGGGUGAGCCAGGUCCAACUAGUGCAAUACCUCUUCUGGGCAUGUGCUGGACUCAGCGUGCUCAAGUAAAGCACCGCUUUUUUACAUCUACAAGCAGCCAAUGUGUCUAAAACCAAACUACUUAGAAACUCAGCAUAAAACUCUACAGAAAACUGACAGAAUGUUCCUACCACAUCCCCGGCUAUACGUUUUAUUAAGCAAGAAGAAAACCUUAUUGCAUGCAGAAAUGAGCUGUUGGCAUGUAAUGUCAUUGGAUAUUGAAGGUAGAAAUAAAAACAUGGCUUCUAGAUGAAAGACCUGUUAUGUCAGCUGAUCUCUUGCUGGCAAAAGAAUGAUGGCAGAUGUCCUGUCAAGUGGCUCCAACCUGCAGAAAGAACCAAGUUUGAAACAGUGAUUUUUCUGUUUCUUUUCUUGGCUAACAACUGGGUGCCAACAUUUUUCAGGUCCUCAGUUACCAAUGCUUAUUUCAGAAAAAUGCCUUCUGAUCCUUUGGAUCUUUGAAAAAAAUCAAUGCAGAUAUUUCCAGCUGGAAACAAAAGUGCCAGAUUUGGUUAUCCUGUUUUGACCCUCCCAAACUUUGUCCAGGGUCUCCGAUUGACCAUCCUCUCCAAGAUUUCCUAAGAGAUCUAGAAAUCUAAAAGUAGAAAGCUUUAAUCUGAAACCCUUGCUUGAAAUGCAGGCUUUUAGAAGACUGUAAUGGUAGAUCCCAUAAUGUGAGGGCAAUGUAGGGUUUGAUUUCCCAAAUCUUAGAUUGUGAAUCUAGGGUCAGGUUUUUCAAGAGAGCUCAGUCUCUGUGUAGGUACCCAGUUAUGGAGUGGUCACAUUCUUGGAAAAUUCUCUGGAAUAGUAUGCCCUUGAAUUCUGAGUAUUACUGAAAAUGGCAGUGGUGCCAGAACUUGUAGCAAGGCUAGUACUAUCUAAUAAAAAAAACAAUAAAAUUUUGACUAGGCUUCAGGUUGACUGUAUCUUUACAUGUGAAAUGGGUGGCUGCAUUGUAUCCCUUUGCACCUGUUGAAUCCUCCACAAAAGGGGAAUGAUAAAUGACUCUUCUUCCCAAACAAUUGCUGGAUUUGGCACCCUCCCCAAAGGAGCAAUCCUGACUUCCUUGUUAUGUCAUCCAAGAACUUGGCAGUGGGAGUCUUAUAUUUCUGAAUCAAAGCUUACUUCAUGUAUUGUGGCAAAGUAACCAAUUGCCUCUCAAACUACGUAAAGGUAUUUCUUUUUAUUAUAGACUGUUGAAUUUAUUUGUUUCGUUCCUUUUUUGCAUAUGUACAAUUUGACACUCUCUCCUAGCAUUAGAUAUAAGCCCCACUUUUCUCUCUAUCCAUUCGCUGCCUUAACUUUAUUUUUCCCGUCAUACUCUAUUCAGUUGUUGCUUGUGAACACACUCUAUCCCCUCUUUGUCCGUGCCUUGUUUAGUUACUCAUUCUGUGAUGUGCAUGUCCUAUGUUAUUAAGCUAAUUCUGAUUCCCUGACAACUUGUUCUGUGCUUCCUGACUGGAUUCAGAUCGGAAGAGGUAACAAGUCUUUUUUCCUUUGUUCUCAAGAUUCUUACAAGCAUCUGCCAUUACAGCAAAUAUUUGUAAACCAAAUGGUAACUUGUUAGUACAGCCUUGUGGAACAGUCAUGAAAACAUAGCAGGCAAGAUGCAUCUACUACAUCAUACCAGGGUGAUGACAAAAGCCUAAUGAAUUAUUCACCUGGGUUGACUUGACUUUUGCUAGGUUCAGUUAAGACUUCAAGAAUAGGAGAUUAACUCAUUUAAUACAGGAUAUCGAGGCUGAGAUAUUGAACUUGGGCUCUGUGCUCACUGAAACAGUGAUAGAAAUGGAAUAAAAACCUAAGCGGAAUUUUUUUUUCUAUUUUGGCAUUUUUUUCCCCCUACUUAAAAAUGGAGAAAAAUCAUUCCAUGUGUCUUAAUUUUUUAGCUUAAAAAUAAAUUAUGGCAUUUAAGUUCCAGUGAUUUAGGCACAGAUGUAAUAAUCUUGAUAAACAUAUAGCUCUUGCAAUGUAACAAGUAUUUGUCUGCAUUUAAAAAAAAAAAAGGAAAAAAAUUAACCUUUGUACCAGCAAUUCUAGUUCUUCUUAAGUUCUGCCUUCUAAAAUACUAUAUUGGGUUAAUUUGGUGCAAAGGUUAAAAGGUCGGUGCCUUCUUAAUAUAGCAUCUGUUAAAAUAAAACUUAAGCCGCUCACAGUUACAGAAGCAUUUAUAACACUGUAUACCGCACAGACUUACAACCAUUACUUCAUUGCAUGAAAUGUAGCCUGUUUACUAGUGAUAAAAUAUUGUAAUGAUGAAUUGCCAAGCUUAUGAAUGUUCUGAGACUUGAUUUUUUUUCUUUUUUUUUUUUUUCUUCUUUUUUUACAGUCUUCUCUUGGGCUGGUCCUGAGAGUGUACACAGUAUGUCUGUAUUGUUGGUUUGUAGAUGCUGAUGAGGAAAACUAGACUUAUGAUCUCUCUCUCUUGUUUGAAUUGUUACAUUCCCCACAUAGCACAUAAUCUGCAAACAAAGAUAUUUUGUUGAGCAUAUUGUAAACUGCUUUGUUUCAGCUUAAGCCUUCAUAACCAACUUUUUUAGUGUAAUAACAUGCUGAAUCACUACCAGGUUGAUGUAUUGUGCAAAAAAGGUGUAAACAUUUUAUUAAUAAAAAUGCUUUGUUUAUAAA